CGACACAAAACUAACACAACUAUAACCUAGGCGAUCAAAAAAGGCGAACCGACCUUUUACUGACUUUUAAUCCAAUAGCAAAUGUUACCGAAUAAUGAGGUCCUAACAGUUUACCUUGGAUUUAGGAUCAUAUUUAACUGGAUGCUGGAGCAUGCUGUUUUUCUGAGGGGGUUGUCUCUAACUGCUCUGUAAUGAUGCAGACGGGUUCAGGAAGCAUCUCUCUCUUCGCUCUCUGUGGGCGGAGAAAAUGAGACGUGGGAGGUGUGUUGGUCUUGCACUUCACGGAAGAGAGCAGAGUCCGAACCAUCCGCGUCCGACCAGCACAAGGACGAACCGGCAUCCCUUAUUACCGAUUCUGCCGGAUCUUUCGCCGACAGAGGACGGGUUCUGUCUUUGCAGCCGGACAGCGGCGUGUCUCACCGAAAUGCGACCGAGGCGCUCCUGAAAGCCGCGCAAACAGCAGCGGAGCGGAGCUCCGGGAGGACUGACACUGACAUGGCCCACGUCGGCAACGGGGCGGCCGCCGAGGAGGAGGACUGCUUUGAAGAUGCUUUCGAUCGGAUACCUUCGGCAUGUCAGAUGGACCUGCAGACAGCGAUCCAAGAGACCCAGUGUGCUCUCAACCUGGUCCUCAACAACAAGUUCUCUCAAGCUCUUGACCUGCUGAAGCCAUGGUGGAAACACAGCAUGUACCACGCCCUGGGUUACAGCAGCAUCCUGGUGAUGCAGGCCACCAUGACGUUUGAGCAGAAGGACAUCCAGACGGCCAUAGAAACCACCAAACAGGCAUUACAGACCUGUCACAGGUUCAGAAAGAGAAACUCGGUGGUUGGUUCUCUGUCCAGUCUGAUAAGCAAGCAGUCCAACUUGCAGGAAGAGGAAAUGCAUGCAGAGCUCUGCUAUGCUGAGUGCCUUCUGCAAAAAGCGACUCUAACAUUCAUACAGGAUGAGAACAUGAUCAGUUUUAUUAAAGGUGGAAUUAAGAUUCGAACAAGCUACCAAAUCUACAAGGAUUGUCAGAAUGUGCUGAACAUCACCCAGGACAAGGUGGGGCAGUCCAAUUCAUUCAAACAGUUCGAGGGUGGAGUCAAGCUGGGUAUUGGCUCUUUUAACCUGAUGUUGUCUCUCCUUCCUCAGAGGAUUUUAAGGUUGUUAGAGUUUAUUGGGUUCUCAGGAAAUAGGAGUUUUGGUUUAUCUCAGCUAAGAGAGGGAGCAUCCAGCCAAAGUCUGCGUUCGAUCAUCUGUGUGCUGACCUUGCUUUUCUAUAACACAUAUGUUUCGCUUAUACUGGGAACGGGGGAGGGGAACCUGGCGGAGGCUGAAGCUCUGCUGGAGCCAUACCAACAAAAAUACCCCAAGGGCUCCAUUAUUCUCUUCUACUCUGCUCGCAUCGACACCCUACGAGGAAACUUUGAGAAGUCACGGGCCCGGUUUGAGGAGUGCAUCAGCAGCCAGCAGGAGUGGAAACAAAUCCACCACCUGUGCUACUGGGAACUGAUGUGGACCCACUCAUUCCAACAAGAAUGGCAGCAGGCGUACCGCUACGCUGACCUGCUGUGCAAAGAGAGCCGCUGGUCCAAGGCUAUCUAUAUGUACCAGAAAGCAGCCAUCCUCAGCAUGAUGACAGAAGAGGACGUGAGGAAGACAGGGGAGGACAUCGUAGAGCUCUUUAGGCAGGUGGAAGGACUAAAGCAGCGCCUGGCAGGAAAGUCGAUCCCCAUGGAGAAAUUUGCAGUCAGGAAAUCCAGACGCUACAAGGCUGCUCAGCCUGUCCCCCUGGUCAUCCCUGCGAUGGAGAUGAUGUACGUUUGGAACGGGUUCACCAUUGUUGGGAAGAGAGCUGAUUAUACAGAGUCUCUGCUGGUCACUAUUGAGAAAGCUGAGCUGCAGCUUCGCAGUGAUCCUAAUCCAUCAGAGUUUCAUCCAGAUGACAGCAGUCUGGUCCAGAUGUUGAAGGGGCUCUGCCUGAAAAAUCUGGGCAGGUUGCUUCAAGCUGAGCUCUGUUUCACGCAGGUCCUGUCCAGUGAGAGUCGGAUCCGGUACGAUCACUUCUUGAUCCCUUUCACCCUCUAUGAGUUGGGUCUGCUGUAUAAAGAACAGGGGGACUUCAUUAAGGCCACCACGUUCAUUGAAAAAGCCAAGACAAACUACAAGGACUACUCCAUGGAGUCCAGACUGCAUUUCAGGAUCCACGCCGCCCUCAGCAGCCUCAAAGGCUCGCCCGUCGGCACCCCGUGAUGCUCAGAAACACGCCCCUACGGUUUCCAACACAAGCUUACAAGGGAUGCUUCUGGUUUACUUUAUAUAUUGUUUUUCUUUCAAAUGCUUGAACAUUUACAACACAUGCUUUAAUCUUGCUGAAGUUGGAAUAAUGUUGGCAGGUUCAGGGCAAUCAGUUCUAGUUGUCAGUUCUUUCAGACGUUAACGGGUUCAUUAAGAAGCCUGAUUAGAUUCAUGAACAAACACAUGUUUCUAUGGCAACCAAAAAGCACAAAAUAAAAACCAAACGGGAAGAUUACAUGUUGGUUGAUGCAACAAGUAAUAAAACAUCUGAAAAAAACUGACAAAUACGAUUUAAUUGCCACUCUUUGGCUUUAUUUUACUUGAAAUUUCUGACGUUAAAAAAAACCCUAAAAUUCUUUUUUUUUUAAAAGAAAACAAACAAAUCAUGAUCCUACACUUCAACUAAUAGUAAAAUAUGUAUUAUUAGGUUAAAGCCCUAAAAUAUGUGUAUUUCAGGUGAAAAAUAAUGGAAACUGAAACAUUCACUCUUAGAAACAUUUGUUCCUAUAUGCUUUAUAUGUUGAUUACCUCCUUGAUUUUCGCAUCAUGCCACAUGUGCUCAAAGGACACAGGUGUGUCUGUGCACAGUCACAGCCUUUUCACAAGUCGUGGCCUAAAUCAACAGUUUAAUACACUCAUUCCAAGCUCACAUACAAGCUGUUAUGCACAUUUGAAGGAGAUUAUACACACAAAUGCAGUAAUUGCACAUUUUUAGCAGCAAUAUGAAUAUUUUUGUUGUUAAUAGUUCGGAUGUUCUGUCAGGUCUUUGUUAGAUUCAUGUUGAGAAGCCACAGGGUUAAAUUUAUUCUUGUGUUUCUCAUAUACAGAGCAGCUUUUGAGGCACUGGAUAUUUUCUGGAGCAUUGGAGUUAGCUUAACAUCCUGUUAAGCUAGCAAGGCUAUGCCACUUGAAAUGAUAUAACUAUAGAGACAGCUCAGGCAGUAGGUAGAACUGAAGACUGAAAAGUGCAGCAAUUCACACAGGUAACACCAUUAAUACCAUAUUGUGACAGUUUUGUCCUUAAAAUUUUAACGUGGCGUUCCACAGGGUCCUGUACUGGGUCCUUUUAUGUGGCUUAAAUUGGUGCUUUUUUCCAGACGAGGUAGCUUUUCUUACAGAAAAGGUGGAUAACAAAAAAUAAUUUUAGUCACAGUUCAAUGUCUCCCAUUUUUAAAGACUAAGGCAACCCAACAUGAUUAUCAGUGCAAGUUCAGCAAAACACCUCAGUGUCAUCAUUUACUUUGUGUACUCGCAGGUAUUCUUAUUGACAUUUCAAUAUGGAAGGUUUAUUUUUAAGUUUAUUUUUGUAGCACAUUUCAGUAGCAAGACAAUUCAAAGUGCUGGACAUGAAAGAAAAGAUAGACAUAAUAGGAAAAGGAUAUUACAGUGGCAUAAAGGUAAUUAAAUAAUUAAUGAACACAAAUAAUUUAAAGAGAAUUAAAAUGAGUAACUAAAUGAAGCUCCUGCAGGACAAUUAGAGAAUUUAAUCCAAUCAUUAAUCCAGGCAAUGCUCCAGGGCCCAUAUUUUCUCAGCAUAAAAUCAAACGUUUGGAGUUCCACAAGGUGGUGAACUUGACAUAUUAUUCUUUAAGGUGAAAUCAAUAUUAGCAUUUUUGAUAGAAUAAUCAAGUCUACAAAAAAUGAUGUUCUUCUCUUGACAAAGAGAGCCAACUUCUCUGUCACAUUAAAUGUAUUAAAUACAAAGUUAUGAGCCAUGAAGAGUCUACCGUAGUUAAUGACUUCUGAGCAACAAUAGAAAGGUCAAAGUGAGCUCAGGAGAGAAUGUCAGUAUUUUCAUUGCUUGGUACCGGUUUUUCUGUCAUUAGCAGUUGAGUAUUGCAUUUCACCGGAGAUGGUACUGGGCCCACUGUUCUUUAAUUCACUCUUUUGUGAAGAAUAUCUCUACAGAAAUCAAUAUACAGCAGGAUAAUUAUGUAGAAAGCACUAAUACCAUUAAAAAGUCUGACUUCUUAGUUCAAUUCAAUUCAGUUUAUUUAUAUAGCGCCAAUUUACAGCACAUUGUCUGAGGGCAUUUUACAAAGUAAAUAAAAUUUAACCAAUCAUACAGAUUUCUAGGCAGGUACAUGCAUUCCAGUUGAUCCUCACUAUCAAACAGUGCAGUCGGAUCCAGUUUUUAAAUGUGUUUUUUUCCAUCACCUUUACUGAGCUCAUUUUGGCUUAAAGAUUGCUGGUAAAAACUGUACAGAUCUAUUUCUGAGAAGCAUGGACACAAUGGGCCUGAUGUGUCCAGCUAUUAACACCAUUUAGGACCUAGUUCCCUGUUCUAGAUCGCAUCAAGCAGUAAAUAUAAAGAAUAGUAGAUCUGAUACACAACUAGCAGGAACUCCACUUUAAAUGCUAAUUGAUGCAGUUGUUUAAACCAAAGAGCCGUUAUGUAAUGAUCCUUGUGAGCAUAGGAAAGCACCUUGAUAUUACUGAACCGCGCUGUAACGUCCAGUCUGUGUUCAGGAUUUAAAUGCAGUGAUCCGAUAGCAGGCCAGCUGCUCCUUAAAUGUCUUGUUGAUAUAAAACCUCAAGGUACUCUGGGGAUAUUUGUGUAUUUGGUUGAAAGAUCUUGUCUCCGGUAAUCAGUGCUCUUAAAAUAACAUGCAGGGCAGCUCUCUAGAAAUUCUGAUGUGUGAGGGUACAGAGCAUGCUCAGUUGGGUCCGUUUCCAGUCAUAUGACCUGGCUUUCCCCUGGCUUCACCUACACAUAAAUGGGAUUCAUUAAAAUCAGCCUUCCUGCUCUGUAAGACUGAAUGAUUCUAACGUUUUAACAGAAUAUUCAUUUGGCCUUUUGGAUCGUGAGGCCCAGGCUUUAAAAUGUUAGUCAAACAGGGUUCUGUGUUCAUAUUGACAGAAACGAAUCCAGAGGAUCGUUCUCUGGUGAAUGAAACGGAGCGUAACUUUCUGUCCUUAAAAGAGUCCGUUGUUGGUUUGUUCUGCUGCCAAGGAGCUGAAAACAAAUUCAUCUUUUUAGAGAAAACAGAAACUCAGAAACAUUUUAGAACGGAAACCCUGAUUUUCAGAUGACUAAACAGACAGGAUGUUGAUUCUGUAUCAGUUUAAAGAGAUGAUUUUUUAAAGUUCCCCCUAAAGCAGCUCUCUCUGAGAAAUAUUUGCACAACUAUAAAAACGCGCCUCAGCCCUGGAAGCACUGAAGCUUUAUUCUUUUAAUUUUGUAAACCUUUCGCUAUGAACAAGGGAGCGUGGACUUUUUCGUUUUCUCUUGUUGAUUAAUAGCCUGAAAUAUCCUGUAAAUCCUUCAGACAUUUAGAUUAAAAGUACACACAGAGAGCCGCUUUGCAGUGUACCGUAAAUAAAAGCACAAUCUAUUUUCCCAGAAACGUGGCUCAAAAUAAGAAUGAUAUAUUUAGUUAAUUAAGAUGGAGAUUCUCUGAGGGGGAGAGAGGUUAUAGAGGAAGACUGUGAGGUGUUUGGAUCAAUAGACAUGAUGAGAAUGGGGCUUUUUGUCAUUUCCUAUCAGCUUAACUCUUCUCAGCUUCCAUUUAAAACAUCUGGACAGUCAGAACCGUUGUCCUCCUCCAUGUUGUGAAUGUAUCGACCUGAAGACCAAAUUCUACCUGUUUGUCUGGCUUUAUUGUUUCUGUAUUGUACAUUUCUGGAUGUAGUUUUUGCCGUCUUUGUGAUCUGAAAAUCUGAAGCCCAGAGGUGCUGGAAGGAGUUGUGGCAAUGACACCCGAGUCUCGGAGGCAGUAGUAGUUUAUGAGUUUUAUCGGUGAAUGUUGGCAGAGACAUGAAAGGUUAAAGGGUUUACAGAACUAUUAAAUAACAGGUUGCGGUCUUUAAGUAUGUGGGUUGAGGACUGGUUUAUUUGUGGGUAAAAGAUGACGGCUGGGAGAAAAUGGUCCAGUUUGGAAACCAGAUCAGGAUGUGAACUGACCCAGAGCAACAUUUUGACCGAACCAGAAAUGACCUCUCUGAUGACCCUGACAGACCAAACCUUGGUUACAUUAUAUGAAGGUCAGGCAGUUCCUUCCUGGCUGCCAUCAUCAGUUAAAUUAGGCAUAAAUAUCUGAAACAUGGGGAAAAUUGAUCAACUAAAAAUCUUCAAAUCUUCCAUGUAAAUGGAAUAAGAAAUGUUAUUUAGAAUGGUUUUAGUUUCGCUGCGGUUUUGGUCCAGUUUGACUCGGUUCGUUGCCACAACCUUUUGCUCCUGGAAGGUUUCCUUCAGGUUCUGUCCGGGUGAGAAAUGUCAGUGCCUCUGUGUGUCUGUCUGUGUUCAGGAUUUGCAUCUUAUCUUAUAAAACCUUGUUGUUCCUGUUGCAAGAUGCCUGCUUCACCACAUCAGGAGGGAGAUGGAGGUUUUUAUUGGGUGGAGAUCAUUUGGUGCAAUAAAGUGGAAACAGGAAUAUUGUUGAUUUUGUGUAUGCCGCUGUUUUUAUUUGACUUUGUGUUUGGUUUGUGCCUCUUUGUUUCGUUUUUAGAGUUUAACUGUGAAAUCCAUGCGUUGCUAAACCCAUUAAGCUUAGUUUUUAAUGUUUUACUUUCUUCUUUUCAUUUACAGAAAAUACAUUUUAAACACCAAAGAAUAAAUGCUGGCCAGAAUUUGUUUUCUAUGCAAACCAAACCAGAUUUCAGAUUAGUGCUUCUAGCAAUUCGGGACACAAUCCUAGAUUAAAAUAGACUCUGUAGGCUCAGACCGUGAAAGAUAAUAAAUGACAGCAUGGAAACAAAUCUGGUUGUUUUACAGCUCUUUGAAAAUCUCUAAUUCAGCCUUGUCUGUAUUGUCCUUCAGCAUCACCAAACAAAAUCUGGACCAGAUUUCUUUGCAAUGACUCAGGAGAAAGGUGCAGAGAAACGGCAGCAUCGUUUUAUAUAAAAACAUUUGGUAAAGCUGCAACAAAUUUAGCUCUAAGCAAGUAGAAAUGAAGAUAUGUAUGGAAAAUUAUAAAUUACCUCGAAAAUACUGAGAACUGUACACAUGACAUAUAUUGUACAUUGUGAAUUCAGUUGAAAUGUCUAUAUAUGGCACAUAGAAAGGCUGUUAAACCACAUCAUGGAUUCACUGCCACCGCCUUUAUCCAGGACCCGAUAUGAUGCCACCAUGAUGGUAAAAUAAAAGAUUAUAUGAUCACUCAUGUUUGUGCUCGCUGCAUUUUCAGCAAGCCGCACCGAGUUGUCCCCUGAGGGUCCGUUUGGACCCUUGUGAGCAGGUACAGAUGAUGAAAUCCAAACAGCGUUGUGAAUCUAUCUAAACACAUUCAGUUUCACAUGAAAACGGGCUGCAGAAGAACAUGAUCUGCAGUGGAAAUAAAAGCAGACUUGUAUGUAAAAAAAAAGAAACAGUUCAGUGCGAACAAUAAACCGCGUUAAUGAGCCACUGUAACAUUUUAGAGAAACUUGUCUCUAAUACUGGCAUCUUCAUCGGCUCCUAACAAAUCAGAAACAAGAAGCGAUUUAUCAUCUGGGACAACGACGUUCCCGCUAAAACGGAAGACGUUUGGACCUUUUCAAGGAACAUUAUGCAAAAACCACCAAAGGAAAUUUUACUGCGAGUUUGUGGACGAUCAUGAACUAAAUGUUCCGGUGGUUUUUACUGCCUCUUUGGUUUACUCCCUUAUUAAUACAUGUAAAUAUUAGCUUCAUUUUAUGUUCCUGUACAUUUAACAAUAAGUAUAAACCUAUAAACAUGCUAGAAGCCAUAACUUUUACCUGUUGCCUUUAUAUCUCUUAAACAAAACACUUCCUUCUUUGCCUUAUUUUUGUUUUUAUGCUGCAUUAUUGAAUAGAAUUCCUGUUUUAUUCCAUUUCUUAUAAAACUAUUUUAUGCUUUGUUUGGAUUUAAGUUAAACUAAUUUCAGAGCUUUUAUAUUGAUAUGUUGCAUGAUGUUAAGCUCAUUUUACUGCAAUGUGGGUAAAUUAAUAAUCAGUUAUUUAAAAAGUACAUUUCUGUUUAUCUGGGUUUCACUGAAACAUGUGCUUUGCUUUAACCUUUGACCCUAAAACUCAGUUGUCUGCCUAAACUGUUGCUUUCUGUGUUCUGAGGCGAUGGUUGAGAAAUCUUUCAUCCACGUUGAGAAUAAAUGGAAAGGGAAGAGGAGUCUGUGUUUAACUGUGAUGAAGGAUGCAGCAGGCUGGCCGAGCCCAACUCCGUUAUGCUGAAAUAGUUUCCAUGUUUGUUGUUUACUUCAGAACUUUUCUGACAUUAUUCUGACCUGUAAUCAUGAAAUUCAAAAAUAAUUAAAACCAUUUAAUCUGAA